UUUCUCUCCCCGGCGACGCUCGCACCAGACACUACUGUAUCCCUCUCGUUUUUUCCAGCCACGGAAAUCGGUGAACCGCGCGUUUAUCUGUACAUUUACCGCGGAUGUACGUGAACCCGGAACCAACUCACAAUUUUGACAAAACAAGAAACCUCGCUAAGUGAAUCUAUUGGGUCUGCUGCUGUGCUUUCGGACCGAGCAGAUCCUUCCUCUGUGCGAUCAUUUCCUCAUAUUUGUAGAGGAAGGGUGUUAGUUUUCGAAGUGAAAUCUCAGAAGUUGGUUUACUUUCGGAACUCGUAACGUGUUGCUCUAGUUUAUCAUGUACUUAAUGUAGAGUUACUGAUAUCUAAAACACGUCUGUAAAGUGCCGCGAUCAAGCCCAUCACUGUGUAAUGUCACAGUUGUCAAAUUGGAGCCCAGAUGGGGAACAAAACAAAACCGUAGGCUAUAGCUCGCACUUCUACAGAUCCAUCUAGCACGCACAUUUAUGCCAAAUAACGCAUAGGGGCAAAUCCAUCUCUCACGGAUUUCUCUUUCCAUCUCAACGGCAUAAUAUAGCCACUGAUUUAAUUUUAGUUUUAGUUUUUCUAUGUCAAACUGUAGGCUAGGCUACUCACUGAAAGACCUUUUGCCAAACCCAGCUCUGACCGAAGCGGAAGAGGACAGUUUUUUUCUGUCUGAGAUACGGGACACUGGAUUUACCCGCUGGUGGAGACAGUGAUUGUGUGUUCGUGAGGUGAGCUGAGCAAAGGAAAUGAGCGCUCAUUGAGACCUUCUCCUGCCGUCUGACUACCCUCAGCAUCCGGAAGAGUUCAGGAACACAAGGUCUGCUCAGCUAUGUGCUAAUCCCAUAAACAUGAGGCCUUGGAGGGAGGGAGAGCAGGACGGGGUGCCGAGACAGAAAAGCACGUGAGAGCAAUUUUUGUGCAACAGAAGAAGUGGUCGACGGAUCAUGUCUCCACUGUUACGUGGAAACUAAUGCACUACCGGGUCCAGAAACCCGUCCUCUGACCCCACACACUACUUCUACAUUACCCACGAUUCCUGUCUGCAAAAAAAGUAAGGAUUUAUGUGUUGAAGCCCUUAGAUGACUUGGACUUCCUUGUUUUACUAUUGAACUAUUUCAGCACCACUAACCAGUUCUUAGUUUACAACAGUGAUCUUAGAGGGACUGUAGAGGCACUGAGAGACAGUCAUAGAGUAAAGAGACAAAAACAAAGAACAACGAAAACAAAAUGGCCAACAACACGGCGGACCACCCUCCGGGGAACUCUGUUGCCGAUGGCAACCAAGAAGGGGACUUUGGCAUCACGGUGAUGGAUCUCCGGGACCUGAUGGAGCUGAGGAGCGGAGAGGCCGUCACUAAGAUAGCCGACUCCUACGGAGAUGUGCAAGGGCUCUGCCGCAGACUCAAGACAUCACCCAUCGAGGGUCUGUCUGGUAACCCAGUGGAUCUGGAGAAGCGCCACACAGCAUUUGGGAAGAACUUCAUCCCUCCUAAAAAGCCUAAGUCUUUCCUGGCGCUGGUGUGGGAAGCUCUACAGGAUGUUACUCUAAUCAUCCUGGAGAUUGCUGCCGUCAUCUCCCUGGGCCUGUCCUUCUACCACCCUCCCGGGGGAGAUAGCGAACUGUGUGGUGAGACAGCAUCUGGAGUGGAGGAUGAGGGCGAGGCGCAGGCGGGUUGGAUCGAGGGCGCCGCCAUCUUGUUCUCUGUUGCCAUCGUUGUCUUGGUGACAGCGUUUAACGACUGGAGCAAGGAGAAGCAGUUCCGCGGGCUGCAGAGCCGCAUCGAACAGGAGCAGAAGUUCACCGUCAUCCGCAAAGGCCAGGUCAUCCAGAUCCCUGUGUCCGAACUAGUGACAGGAGACAUCGCCCAGAUCAAAUACGGUGAUCUGCUGCCAGCUGAUGGUAUCCUGAUCCAGGGCAACGACCUGAAGAUUGACGAAAGCUCUCUGACUGGUGAAUCAGACCAAGUCAGGAAGUCCCUGGAGAAAGACCCCAUGCUGCUGUCCGGCACCCAUGUGAUGGAGGGUUCAGGUAGAAUGGUGGUGUCUGCAGUGGGUCUCAACUCCCAGACUGGAAUCAUCUUCACUCUGCUGGGGGCGGGAGACGGCGACGAGGAAAAGAAGAUCAAGAAAGGUAAAAAACAAGGACCCCCCGAAAAUCGCAACAAAGCUAAGACCCAGGACGGCAUUGCCCUGGAGAUCCAGCCCCUGAAGAGUGAGGUUGAGUCCGAGGAGAAGGAGCCGGAGGUGGAGGUCAAGCAGGUGAAGAGGGUUCAGAUCACCAAGAAGGAGAAGUCUGUGCUGCAGGGCAAACUCACCAAACUGGCUGUGCUAAUUGGGAAGGCAGGUCUGAUCAUGUCAGCAGUGACGGUGGUCAUUCUCAUUCUGUACUUCGUGAUUGAUACGUUCGGGGUACAGGGUCGCCCAUGGCUGAAGGAGUGUACCCCCAUCUACAUCCAGUACUUUGUCAAGUUCUUCAUCAUCGGAGUCACUGUGCUGGUGGUGGCUGUGCCUGAGGGGCUGCCUCUAGCCGUUACCAUCUCUCUGGCCUACUCUGUCAAGAAAAUGAUGAAAGACAAUAACCUGGUGCGUCACCUGGAUGCGUGUGAGACAAUGGGGAAUGCUACGACCAUCUGCUCCGACAAGACAGGCACCCUCACCAUGAACCGUAUGACCGUGGUGCAGGCCUACUUGGGAGACACACACUACAAGAAAGUACCGGAACCCGACGUCAUCAAACCAUCCACACUGGAAGUCCUGGUCAACAGCAUCGCCAUCAACUCAGCCUAUACUACUAAGAUCCUGUCUCCAGCGAAAGAGGGAGGUCUGCCCCGCCACGUUGGCAACAAGACAGAAUGCUCCCUAUUGGGCUUCGUGCUGGAACUGAAGAGGGACUACCAGCCAAUCAGGGACGAGAUUCCUGAGGAGAAGCUGUAUAAGGUGUACACCUUCAACUCCUCCCGUAAGAGCAUGAGCACGGUGCUGAAGAACACAGACGGUAGCGGCUUUCGCAUGUACAGCAAGGGAGCCUCCGAGAUCGUCCUACGCAAAUGUUCCCGUAUCCUGGACACAAACGGGGAGCCACGUAUCUUCAAGCCUAAGGACCGUGAUGAGAUGGUGAAGGUGGUGAUUGAGCCCAUGGCCUGUGACGGUCUAAGGACCAUCUGUGUGGCCUACAGGGACUUCCCUGCCGAGGCAGGAGAACCAAACUGGGACAACGAGGCCGAUAUCCUCAACGAGCUCACCUGCAUCUGUGUGGUCGGCAUUGAAGACCCUGUCAGACCUGAGGUACCUGAUGCUAUCCUCAAGUGCCAGAGGGCUGGCAUCACCGUCCGCAUGGUUACCGGGGACAACAUCAACACCGCCCGUGCCAUAGCAACCAAGUGUGGCAUCCUGUUGCCAGGCGAGGACUUCUUGUGUCUGGAGGGCAAAGAGUUCAACCAGCUGAUCCGUAAUGACCAGGGAGAGGUGGAACAAGAGCGUCUGGACAAGGUGUGGCCCAAGCUGCGUGUGCUGGCUCGUUCCUCUCCUACUGACAAACACACUCUGGUCAAAGGUAUCAUGGACAGCACCGUCCUCGAGACACGACAGGUGGUGGCUGUGACAGGCGACGGAACUAACGAUGGCCCCGCCCUGAAGAAGGCUGAUGUUGGAUUUGCUAUGGGUAUCGCCGGUACGGACGUGGCUAAGGAAGCGUCAGAUAUCAUUCUGACUGACGAUAACUUCACUAGCAUCGUCAAGGCUGUCAUGUGGGGCCGCAAUGUCUAUGACAGCAUCUCCAAGUUCCUCCAGUUCCAGCUCACUGUCAACGUGGUGGCCGUCAUCGUGGCCUUCACUGGCGCCUGCAUCACACAGGACUCUCCUCUGAAAGCGGUGCAGAUGUUGUGGGUUAACCUGAUCAUGGACACCCUGGCUUCCCUGGCCCUAGCCACCGAGCCCCCCACUGAGUCCCUGUUGCUGAGGAAGCCGUACGGCCGCAACAAGCCCCUAAUCUCUCGCACCAUGAUGAAGAACAUCCUGGGUCAUGCCGUCUACCAGCUCACAAUCAUCUUCACCCUCCUGUUCGCUGGAGAGAACAUCUUUAAUAUCGACAGUGGGCGCAAUGCGCCCCUCCACUCACCGCCCUCGGAGCACUACACCAUCGUGUUCAACGUGUUUGUCAUGAUGCAGCUGUUCAACGAGAUCAAUGCCAGGAAGAUCCAUGGAGAGAGGAACGUUUUUGAGGCCAUCUACCGUAACCCCAUAUUCUGUAGUGUGGUCCUGGGAACCUUCGUCCUGCAGAUUGUCAUUGUCCAGGUUGGAGGGAAGCCCUUCUCCUGCACCGCUCUGACCAUCGACCAGUGGCUCUGGUGUGUGUUCAUUGGAGUGGGAGAGCUGCUUUGGGGACAGCUGAUCUCAGCCAUCCCCACCCACCACCUGAAGUUCCUAAAGGAGGCUGGCCACGGAACCCAUAAGGAGGAUGUCCCUGAAAACGAGAUGAACGAGGGGGACGAUGAGAUCGACCAUGCUGAGAUGGAGCUCCGUAGGGGUCAGGUCCUCUGGUUCAGGGGCCUCAACCGCAUCCAGACUCAGAUUAAGGUGGUGAAUGCGUUCCGUAGCUCUCUUUACCCGGGGCUAGAGAACCGAGAAUCAAAAAAUUCCAUCCAUAACUUCAUGGCCCACCCUGAGUUUGUUCCCUUGUCUGAGGAAGAGGCGCGGAUCCCUGACAUCGAUGAGAGCAGCAGUGAUGAGGUGGCGCUCCAGCACAUGCCCAGAUCCUUCUCUGGGAGGGCAGAAGCUCCAGACGUCAGCCACGAGGCCUCCUGCUGAUCACCUCCUCUCUUCUCCUCUCUUCCGUUGUGCUCUGUCCUUCUCCCCCUGUCGGCUGGCUGGUUACCCUCCUGCACUUCCUCUCUUCCACCACCAGGGGGACAAGCGGUGCGCCCCACAUCCCACAGAGGGUACACCCAGAGCAGGCAAGGGGUCCCAGCAUCUCCCCCUCUUCACCUACCCUACUUCACCUACUCCUCUUCCUCCGCCUCCUCUUCCCUCCACUUUCUGAACCCUACACCUACCACUCACCUGCCCCACCCACCCACCCCACUUUGCCAUUCCCAUGGGCUGGCACUGACUGUGGUGUGUAUGCCCUUUAAGUAUGUACAGCAGAGUGACAUGUAGACCAUCAAAUCACAUCGUGCCCCAAACUCAUGGGUGGGAGGGGCCAUGUGGGGUCCACCAAUCUGCUCUGUCAAAGGCUGUAGCCUGUCCUACUGUCCAUCUUUGGAGUUUUAAUAUCUUUUUUUUUGUCCUGUAACAUUUCAUUGUUUUAUUUUAAACUCAGAUAGCCCAGAACUGAAACACAACAUGUUUAUCCUUUUGUACGUGCUUAUUACACCCUGCAUACACUAACUGACACAGCACUUUUAGAGUAUAUCUAUGUGUACAUACAGUAUAUAUGCUUUAUAGGCUCUUCAACACAGCUCCAAGCUGAUUUGAUGAUCAGAUGAACAUGGGCUAUGUGAUUUAACAGUUUUCAGCUACUAAAUUUUCCACUCCAUUUCUCAACCUGUGUUUUAACUGUACUGUGUGUAUGCAUUGGAUCUGUUUUGAAGCAUGAUGUACUAAUGGGUUAUGCAGUUCAACCCAGGAACCCAUGUCUUCAUUCAUUCUGAUAAACUACAUAUUUUCAAUGAUGAAGGUUCAACCGUCUAAACAUCUCUCACUUUAGUUUGGUUCUUCUGGGUCCAUUUGACAUGAUUUUAUUAUGAUUUCUCCUGAUUUUAUGGAAGGAAAGUACAAAGGAUGCUAGUCUAUAUUAACAGAAAGGUGAACUAUCUUAAAACAACACAUUGAAAGAAAAGCUAGCAGCAGGCGAGAGCCAGUGGGAACCCCCUCUCUGUGGAGUGGGAUCUGAUGAUCUCAUUCAAUCAGGGUUCUGGUUUUCCCUCGCCCGUUGAGAGGAAGUUGACAGCUUACGAUACCGCCUCAAUAUGGAGGAAGAAUAAGAAUGUCUGUGUCUCCCUGCAUAACGUAUUUGAUUCAUGUUUCAGCCGUGUUAAAUAUAAUGGGAAUUUAGGUUUUGGGAGUCAUUAUUUGCCUUGGUUAGGACCUACCUUUUCCUGUGUAUAGACAGAAAUGGGAAGUUGUUAUUUCUUUAGUCUGUCACUCAUUCUGAUCUGUACCUUACCAAGGCAAAUGUACAACUCUUUUUUUCACUGUUGGCGAAAGGGCAUUGGGCUUGUUCCUGUUAGCUACAGCUUGACUGUGUGUGUCGUUAUCGAGUGUCACUGUGUCUGCUUCAGAGUGACAAAGGACUAUUGAUCUCUCUCACAAUGCCUCUGGGAGGGGCAACCAUUAGAGGCUGGCCCGCUAGCAUAGGGACACAACACAUCUCCACAUGUCCUCUAGGGUCAACCCACCUACCAACCAACCCACCAACCACAGAUAAUGGCCUAACAAGAAGAGGAAUACUCUAACAAGAAAAAAACGAUACAACCAGAGAUGUUGAUACAUUAGAGCUCCUGUAUUGAGUGGUGCAUGUCGUUGUUUUAAAUGAUGGUACAGAGAGUUUAAACUUGGCUCCCACCCCGACCACCAACUCUGUGACAGAGAGUGUGACGCCCUCAACAGGAUAUGUGCUAUCGAUGUACUACUGCCAUAUUUUCAACCUUAUUUUCAUAUCUAGGUUACUUACUUCGAUAGAACCCUCUGAUGAUACACCUUUUCUACUUACUCAGAGCCAUAUUUUAUAGGUUGUUGUUGUUUUGUACCCCAUCGUUAUUGAGGUUUCAUUUCUAUUCCACUCUGACCCCAAAAUAGAUGGAUGCAAAACAACGUGUCACUGCCGAUAUAUGUGUCAUGGACUACAACGAUGUUUACAGAACAUAGUCUGCCUGCUGCCGUAAGCCUGCUGCCGUAAGCCUGCUAGCGCUGCGCCUCCCUCUUCUGGCUGGUCUCCUUGCUUAGUACAUCAUUAUUGGGAAGCUUUCUUGCAUGAUUUUCAUAUAUACUAAAUGUUUUGUUCAUUUUUUACAAUUCUUCUGUAUUUUUAUAUUUAGUAUUUUUUAAUAUUUUGGAAUAUAUAUGUAUAGGCUGAAGUGUUUUGGUGACAGUACAGUCCAUGAAUGAGAUGAAUCAACAGCAGAAUAUGUUUCUAUAUACAGUAUAUUUAUGCCACAUUUGUAAACCAUGAUUGGUUGUCCGAUGCAGGGGCUAAGGAAGCUAAAAUAAACUGUUUACUCACUGUAGGCCAUGCGAUUGGACAUACUCUUUCAGCAAUCUAGCCUUACCACCUCUUUCCCUUCAUUAUAUAUAGUCUUAAAGAGACAGUAGCUUAAAUUCUGCUAUUUCUCUCAGUAACUUAAAUCAAAUGAGGUCCCAAUGAAAGCGAGUCAAAUAGAACAUGGUAGUAAACCAAACAUUGAAGUAAUGUUAAAUUAAUUUGGAGGAUAUAUGAUUUUUAAUCUCUAUAUACAUAUAUUUAUUACAUGGGGUCUGUUCUUUCAGACUAAUAUGACUGCGAGUUUAAUUUAUUUUUUGAGAGGAUCGGUGCACUUAGACAACUGGGUAGUGACUUUAGUCGACUUGUCGAAAAGAGGGCAUGAAUUUCGAUUUCAUCCAAAUCAAUCGUUAACCUUUUUUAUUCUAAUGAUUUAGGAAACUGUUUAGAGUAGAACUGUUAAACCGGUAGUGACAUCACUGCCUCUUCCUGUUUGUGUUCGUAAACAGAAACAAGAUACUUUUGCUGUGGUGUCCGUUACAUGCUGACCAAACCGGCUCUAUAUGUGCGUCAUCGUGCGCAUAUUGAUUUUGUCUAUCCCUACCAGACACGUUCAUGACACGUAGGUUAAAAUUCCAAAUCCAACUUUUAAUUAACUAUAUUAAUUUGGGGACAGGUCGAAACACACAUGAAACAUUUGCUGUUGCUAGCUAAUUUGUCUGGGAGAUAAACAGUGGAUUGCUAUUUAGUUGUUGUUUUUUUGGUUGAUCUCUCCUUGUUCAUCUUUCUCAUGUGGAUUUUAUAUGGCUGUGUGGACCUUGUUCAUCUUUCAAUCACUCACGUGGGUAUAUGUUUGUAAAAAACCAAUGAGUAGAUGGUAAGGCGGGACUUACAGCGCAUUAAGCGUCUAAAAUAGAACCGUGCCUGGCUAUGCAGACGCCCGUUGAUGCGAAUGAGCAGUUUGGAUUAAAUGAUUGAAUAACAUGUAUGUGGACAUUUAUUCAAACACACAAGUGGACAGUUUGGUCAGUAUGUUAGACAGAGACUCAAUUUCGGGACACAUUUUGGGGACUCGUUUUCAAUGGUAAAUCUUUAUUUUCUUCUGAGAUUAUCUAUUUGGAAGACUUCACUUCUCCAUUGAAUAUACUGUGUAAAUAUUGCCAUGGGGUGAUUUUGAACUUUGAACUCUAGGUAAUGAAAAGGGGGCAGUCAGUCAGUGAUCACCCAGCAAAGCUUUAAGAAUGUUCAGCCAAAGUCUUGUUUUGUACAAUCGCUGUUUUUUUAUACUUUCUUUUUCUUUUUGACCAGAUUGUUUUAAACUAUUAUUGUCAGGUGAAUGUAUUUCCAUACUUUCCAUCUCCCCAAAAUAGCAAAUGUUGUUGCAUGUAAAUGUGGACAGAGAAUGCAAAGAACUUGAAGCGUCGCUAAGAUUGUCCUUCUUCUAUUGCCAUGGUUGUGCUGUUGUUGAUCUCUUAUUGAACUGGUUGCCCUUCCAUUCCGUAGGUGAACAGAUACUCCAUCCGCUAGAAACACCCCGAUCUUUGGUUUGUUUUCUGUUUUGUUAUUAACCUUGGCACAACUGUACUACAGAAGCAGACCAACAGGUUUGUAUGUCUGAGGUGGAUGGCGAACUAAAGAACAGCCAGACAGUCCUGGCAAAGUUUGGUUUCUCUGUUGGACAAGCCCAUUGCUGCUUCUGACCAAUCUGUAAGACCUUUCCUCUUAUUGCACAUGUUUCAAUUAUGACUCAUGUAUGACAAAAUGAAACAUGCUAAGGCAUUGGGCAAUAACUGUUGACUGUAAAGGACUGCAUUGCUUCUCUAAAGCGUUGUCUUUCUUAGAUAGCUUUCUUUUCAUUGGGUUUGGGCGAUUUCUUCUGGAGCAGCUUCUCCGCAGUUGUAAAUAAAAAAAGGUUUGAAAACUGGAAUAUCA